GUUGCGACCGGCUCCUCUGCACCUGACCCGCCCAAAAUAACGAAACACCAACAUCAGACUGGGUCGCCGACGUCCGCCAGCACAGCACCACUAUUGCGAUCAGGCGACAAAACGGCGCACGUCAUCUGACAACGCUUCUCUGGCCCUUGCGACAUCAAUCUGAAGCUCUCCGAAUUGUGUGUUCCUUGCUGCGACCAACCAACCAAACCCUUCCGCUGCUUCUCCGAUUCACGAAGCACAAAGCCGGUUCUUCAACCCGACAAGUCAAAGCUGCUCAAAAAGCCAACCCCGGCGCCGGGCCCGUUGGCGUCACCCAACCAGCGGCCAUGGGCAUCUGCAGCUCGUCGUGCUGUGGAGGCAAAUCCCGCGAUGCGCUGUACGAGAAUGUCCUCGCCGAGAAUGAGCGCGAGGCUGUUGCCGACCUUCUCCAAUACCUCGAAAACCGUGCCGAAACAGAUUUCUUCUCAGGCGAACCUCUCCGUGCUCUGAGCACCCUCGUUUAUUCCGAUAACAUCGACCUUCAACGGAGCGCAAGCUUAACAUUUGCUGAGAUUACGGAGCGAGAUGUCCGGGCUGUUGACAGGGACACGCUCAGCCCCAUUCUGUUUCUCCUGGAGAACUCCGACAUUGAAGUGCAACGGGCAGCCAGUGCUGCGCUGGGCAACCUCGCCGUUAACACCGAGAACAAGGUUCUGAUCGUUCAGCUGGGCGGGCUGCAGCCGCUGAUCAAGCAAAUGAUGUCGCCAAACGUCGAGGUCCAGUGUAAUGCUGUCGGCUGUAUCACCAACCUGGCAACACAUGAAGACAACAAGGCGAAGAUCGCAAGGUCGGGCGCCCUGGGCCCCCUGACGCGGCUUGCCAAGUCGAAGGAUAUGAGAGUCCAGAGGAACGCUACCGGCGCUCUUUUAAACAUGACACAUUCUGACGAGAACCGGCAGCAGCUGGUCAAUGCCGGUGCCAUCCCUGUGCUGGUGCAGCUCCUCUCAUCCCCCGACGUGGAUGUGCAGUAUUACUGCACCACCGCCUUGAGCAACAUCGCCGUCGACGCUAACAACAGGCGGAGACUGGCCGAGACUGAACCUCGACUCGUUCAGUACUUGGUGAACCUGACGGAGUCCCCCUCGCCCAAGGUCCAGUGCCAGGCCGCCUUGGCGCUGCGGAAUCUUGCAUCGGACGAGAAGUACCAACUCGAGAUCGUCCAGGCCCACGGACUCGGAUCUCUCCUCCGCCUUCUCAAGUCUUCAUACCUCCCACUCAUCCUCUCCGCGGUCGCAUGCAUCCGUAAUAUCUCGAUCCACCCUCAAAACGAAUCGCCCAUCAUCGAGGCCGGCUUCCUGAAGCCCCUGGUCGAUCUGCUGGGGUCGACGGACAACGAAGAAAUCCAGUGCCAUGCCAUCUCGACGCUCCGCAACCUGGCAGCAAGCUCGGAUCGGAACAAGUCCCUUGUCCUCGAGGCUGGCGCUGUCCAGAAGUGUAAACAGCUCGUGCUGGAGGUUCCUGUCACGGUUCAGUCCGAGAUGACAGCUGCGAUUGCUGUUCUUGCCCUGAGCGACGAGCUCAAGACGCAUCUUCUGGAGCUUGGCGUCUUUGAAGUGUUGAUUCCCCUUACCAAAUCCCCCAGCGUCGAGGUUCAAGGAAACAGUGCCGCUGCGCUGGGCAAUCUCUCCUCAAAAGUGGGCGACUACAGCAUCUUCGUCCAGAACUGGAUGGAGCCGAGCGACGGUAUUCACGGCUACCUCAGCAGGUUUCUUGCCAGCGGCGACGCCACUUUCCAGCACAUCGCGAUUUGGACCCUGCUCCAACUGCUCGAGUCGGAGGACAAGAAGCUCAUUGGUCUCAUUGGGAAAUCGGAUGACAUUGUCGACAUGAUCAAGCUGAUCGCCAACCGCCAGAUGGAGUCGGACAAUGAGGCCGAGGACGAUGACGAGGGUGAAGUAGUCAACCUGGCGCAGCGGUGUCUCGAGCUGCUCGGGCAGGGCGCGUCCAAGAGCCACAUCGAGGGCUAGUUUCCUGAUAUAUCUGUGGCUGGGCGCGCGGCCAUCUGAGGUGUCGAGUCUUAUUUACACGGUCUAAUGUCUUCCCUGGCUUGUUUUUGUCAUUACGCAUAGGGGCGGCGCGGAGUUGGCGGCGUCAGUAUUAUCCAGAUACAAGGUUUCGGACGUUGGGGGUUUUUGGAAGGCAUGUAUAUGGUAGGCGAGCAUUGGGAAGGAUUGCUUGGAGGGCGAGGCUGUGGGACAUGGUUGCCUAGAAGCUGUUGUUCUCUUCUCCCCGGCUUUUGUAUUUCUUUCGUAGUAUGGAGCAGAAGAGUGGUGUGUUGCGGAUGCCGCCCGACUAUCCGGCUCUAUCAUCAUACCCUCGCGGGCUUUCGCGAUUCUGCUAUUACCCGCUACCAGCGCGCCAGACCUGGAUCAAUGCGGUUGGUUUGACCUAUCAUCGUUGUAAUCAGAACAUGCAAUUUGAUACAUA